CAAAUAUCCCAUGUACUGCCAUAUACUCCCUUCACCAUGAGGAGUUCUUUUUUCUUGUCUUACUGGGUUAGAGCAGCAGGCUUGAUCUGCCUGACCCAGAGCAUUGUGGCCAUGGUCCUCACAAACUCCACCCAGCUAGACUCAAUCCUGGAUAGGUUUAAGGAAAAGGACAGCGAGUGGUGGAGGGCAAGGUCGAGGGGGAAGAGAGCCAUCAGUGAGGAAGACAAGCACCUGAUCCUCGACUUGCACAACAAGCUGCGAGGCCAGGUCUACCCUCCUGCCUCCAACAUGGAGUACAUGGUAUGGGAUUAUGAGUUAGAGAGGAGCGCAGAGUACUGGGCGCAUACCUGCCUAUGGGAGCAUGGGCCGAGCCACAUGUUGACACAAAUAGGCCAAAAUCUGGGAGCUCACUGGGGAAGAGACAGACCCCCAACCUAUCAUGUCCAGGCCUGGUAUGAUGAGGUGAGGUAUUACAGUUAUCCAUACUCCCAGGAGUGUAAUCCACACUGUCCAUUCAGAUGUUCUGGCCCUGUUUGCACUCACUACACUCAGUUGGUGUGGGCUACCAGCAACCGCAUCGGUUGUGCCAUCAAUGUAUGUUACAACAUGAAUGUCUGGGGAAUGAUCUGGGCCAAAGCAGUUUAUCUGGUCUGCAACUACUCUCCACCGGGGAACUGGUGGGGUCAUGCUCCAUACAAAUACGGCACACCUUGUUCUGCAUGUCCAGCCAGCUACGGCGGUGGCUGCAGAAACAACUUAUGUUACAAAGAGGAUGGUGUUGAUAGGCAGCCAGCUCCUGAAAAUGAGGAGAACAACUACAUUGAACCAGAACCAGUAAGGGACAGAGAGUCCCAACCAAGGGCCCAGACACCGAACCCAUCACCUAUUGAGCAAACUGAGAGAAACCAAGUUGUCAGUACAGAGCAGAUGUCUCAACAGGUGGAAUGUGAGACCAAGCUGAGAGAUCAAUGCAAAGGAACAACCUGUAACAGAUAUGAAUGCCUCCCUGGUUGUCUUGAGCGGCCUGGAAAAGUAGUUGGGACUGCCUACUAUGAUAUGCAAUCCAGUGUAUGUGGAGCUGGGCUACACUCUGGGGUCAUAAAUAACGAUGGAGGAUGGCUGGAUGUGACCCGACUAGGCAGAAAACAAUUAUUUACCAAAUCAUACAAGUAUGGAAUCCAAUCCCUUGGGAAGAAUAGAAGUGCAAAUUCUUUCAAAGUGGAGUCUGUGCCCGUAAAGGCAGUAAGAUGUGAUACAACAGUGGCCUUUUUCUGUCCUUUCAAGAAACCCAUUCGACACUGUCCAAGGUUAUAUUGCCCAAGGAACUGUUUGGAUGACAGUCGGGCCCGAGUCAUUGGAACAAAGUACUACUCAGAUAAAUCCAGCAUCUGCAGAGCAGCCAUUCACGCAGGAGUUAUCCAGAGUGAGUCAGGAGGCUACCUUGAUGUUAUGCCAGUGGACAAACGGCGGCAUUACACUGGGAGUCACCAGAAUGGUAUCACCUCAGAGAGCCAACUGAACCCCACAGGAGGAAAAGCCUUCAGAGUUUUUGCCGUCAUCUGAGAAAAGACCCUUACAUGACAAAGAACUGAACAUUAAACCUAACAAGCCCACCCACCAUGACAUUAAAGCCUAUAAUUUUGCCAUGAAGUAAUCAAUUAUUUUUCUUUUACUCAAACAUCAUGAUUGAACUACUAUCCAGUCAGUCUGUGGCAAAGGAUAUUCAAGAAUUAUAGUACUUUAAAGGCAUUGGCCUGAAGAUUUAGAGUUAACCACAGAAUACACAUGAGCCUGCAAUGCAUUUUUUGGCAGCCAUGAAAUGACAUCAUGCGUUUUAACACUUAAGAAGUAUUACGUAGCCAGAUAUCUCCAUCUCUCCCAACCUGUAAUUUCAGAGCUGAAGGUUAAAGUCUGAUCAUCGCUUUUUGGACAGGACAUUUCAGGCAUCUUUAAGUAAUUUUCUAUAAAGAGAUACAACAGCUAAAUGAGGAAAAUUAUUGAACUUGUGUUGAAAUUAUAUAUGGUUACAAUAUCAGUUUAUAAUAUAAGAUAAUAUCAGACAAUUUGUGUCGAUAUGUGUAUUCCUUUAGUAAAAGACUGUUCUAGGGUGUUAAACACAAUCCAUGCAAUUCUGGUCAACAUAGGCAUGAAUUUAACAAUUUUUGAUUUCAGAGGUUUAUUUAAAACAUUAUUGUUCCAUGUUGGUAUGUACACAAUGUAAAAAAAAAUCAGCAUUUGAACAACAUGAAUAUAAAACACACAUUGUCAGAAUUUUUCAUACAGGCUAUAAUGUAAAAAGCGUCCCAAUUAAUAUUUGGUAACAACAUCCUUAGCAAGAUACACAUCUCAUGCCAUCCACAAGCUCGUGCCAUAUUUCUGGCUGAAUAUUUUAACACUUUUUUUGGAUGGUUUAAUUUGGCUGAUUUUGUAGCAUGGAUUCAAUAAACUCUUACCUAUAUCCUUUCAGAAUCAGAUUUAUAAUCUAUUCAGAAACAUGCUCCUGAUGGAACACUUGGUUGUCUCCCAAGUCUCAAACUCACCCCAACUGUAAACACCAGUUAGACAAGACAAUUUUGAGGGUGUAUAGUAACAACCUGAGAAUCACGAGCUCAAAUUUAUCAUGGACUGGGAAUCCCUGAAAUACCAGUGUUAAGUUUAUACCAGUUCCGGUACCAUUUUUUCUCUCACGAUACGAUUUGUGCUGUGAGUAUUGGCCGAUACCAACUACCCAGAACUCAGGAUUUAGCAAGCCCAUGUGCAUGUUUUAAAGGUUUAUUGUCACAGUUUGCAAUGAAUGUUCUGAAAUCUUGGCAGGGAGAAUGGUUGUAACUUUGAACAAACAGUUGACCACUGGAUCAGUUAUUUUAGGCAGGACAGAUUGAUGGCAGGCAUAAGGAGGUAGAUGAAGACAAGACCUGCUGGUCACAGACUGAAUUGGAUGAUUGCAGACCUGAAGAUGCAGACAAUGACUUAAAGUGAAAGCAGAGUAGGUUGACUGGAUGAUGGCUGACUGUCUGGAAGUAGGCUUUGAGCUGACUUAAUGCUUUUAGAUCAAACUGGUGACAGGAAGAAACAAUCCAGAACAUGAUCAGAGUCAUGUUCUCAAUUGUUCAGGAACACAGGAAGCAAGGCAGUGGCAUAGUGGCAAUGAUGAGACAUUCUGGCAGGGAGUAACUGAGAGAGGUUUAAAUAGAGUGUAUAAAUAGGCAGAGUAACAGCUGGGAUGAACAAAGGUAACUAAGGUGUAGCAAAGCAGUGAGAGGCAAGUAGUUAAACAUCAACAUGCCCUAAAGAAUAACCAAGCAAGAAAAAAGACCUACUCCAAGAUUGACACCUUCAAGCUAAUAAAAAAAUAUUAGCUUCACACAUGGACAAGCUAAAUGCCUUCUACAUUAAGCUUUAAGGUCAGAUUAGUCAAAUAGGAGACCAUUAAAGGUGAGAUUAGUGCACAAAACAUGAAAGCGGUAACUUUAUACUUCUGUCUGCUUUCUUGUUAAGGUGCAUUGUGCUUUUCAACUUCAAUUAAAAUUAUUAGCAAAAUUGAUGAAACCUCCAACCAGACUUAUGCUACACAUUUGUUACUAGGAAGAAGAGGCAUGUGGAAUGUUGCCAUGGAACAUUUAUCUAUAGGUUAAGGGUUGUAUACACAUAUUUUAGCUUAAUCUGAGAAGAAUAUAUAAUACACCACAAGAAGCCCUAAAAUAAAAUGAAAUCAAUGCUAAUGAUGGGUAUACAAAAACUUUUGACUGGCACAGUAUUUUAAUAAAUAUAUGUGUAUUAUAACUUUUAAUUAAUCUAUUUGUUUUUAUAUUUAAUGAGGAUGAUAGAUUUGGAAUUAUGAACCAUAGUUACACAGUGAACACCUGGUUAAAGAGGUAGGCUGUUGUGUAGAAGCUUGGGUUUAAAUGCAUAUUGUAUAUUUUUGUACAUAAUAUUGUUGUACAUAAUGAUUGAAACAGGGUUGUAAUUGUUGUGUAUUUUCUGUUUACAUUUUUUUAAGAGGCUGUAAAAAAGUACUAAAUGAUAUAAAAGACAUAUCAAUUGUUGCAAGCAGUUAUAUAUUUGAUACUUACGUUUUUCUUUUUAUUAAGGACUAAAUCUCGCCUUCUCUUUUUUGUAUGAAAACUGUAACAUGUUUUAUAUUGUUUGCUGUAUCUUUCAGCCUCUUUUUAACCUGGCUGGCCAGGAACUCAUAAAUAAAACGUCAAUGCUACAUCCA